AUGGAGGGUGAAGGAGUACCUCCUGGCAACUAUGGAAACCAUGGCUAUGCUAAUAGUGGGAAUAGUGCCUGUGAAGAAGAAAAUGAGAGACUCACGGAAAGUCUGAGAAACAAAGUAACUGCUAUAAAAUCUCUUUCCAUUGAAAUAGGCCACGAAGUUAAACAUCAAAAUAAAUUAUUAGCUGAAAUGGAUUCACAGUUUGAUUCUACAACUGGAUUUCUAGGUAAAACCAUGGGAAAACUGAAGAUUUUAUCCAGAGGGAGCCAAACAAAGCUGCUGUGCUAUAUGAUGCUGUUUUCAUUGUUUGUCUUUUUUUGUCAUUUAUUGGAUUAUUUAACUGAGGUAAUGCAAGAAACUGUGAGUUUGGAAUUUGUUCCAACUUAACGGCUUGGAGUACCACUUCAGUAAAAAAUCAGCAUCAAAACAUUCCUAAAUUUCAAAUAAUACUAUGGCUUUUUCCAUUAAAGAUUACUGAAUUUUACUUGUUUUAUAAGUCACAUUAGAUAAUACAGUGCU